AGGCCUAGGGGGUGACAGGGCCGGCUGCCGAGCAUUGAGGUUCCGAGGGGGCGGGGACAACAGACAGAGCACGUGAGCAUCGGCCAGUUCUCUCCUCUAUCCUUAGGGGUCCGUACCUGCGGGAACAGCCAGGGGUCCAGUGUAUGGCCACGGAGUUACGGUGUCCGGACUCCAUGCCCUGUCACAACCAAAAAGUAAACUCUGUCUCCAGCCUUGAGCCGCCGCGAUGUGGCGACGUGAUCCCGGAUCAUGCGGGAGGAGACCGCGCCCCGGCGGAGGGGGCCUCUCAGGCCUGCGACGACACCAGCCUCAACUCAGACAGCAACGGUGGCAGGGGCAACUGUGACGCACCGCCCGGCGACUCCCUUCUAGGGGGUUGCGAACUGUCGGGGCAGAUCGGGGCGCAGCUUAAGCUGCUGCCGAUGAAUGACCAGAUCCGGGAGCUACAGACCAUCAUCCGGGACAAGACAGCCAGUAGAGGGGACUUCAUGUUUUCUGCGGAUCGUUUGAUCAGACUUGUUGUGGAAGAGGGAUUGAAUCAACUACCAUAUAAGGAAUGCAUGGUGACCACUCCAACAGGGUACAAGUAUGAAGGAGUGAAAUUUGAGAAGGGAAAUUGUGGGGUCAGCAUAAUGAGAAGCGGUGAAGCAAUGGAACAAGGUUUACGAGACUGCUGUCGAUCCAUACGGAUUGGAAAGAUCCUGAUUCAGAGUGAUGAGGAGACUCAAAGAGCCAAAGUAUAUUAUGCCAAGUUCCCACCAGACAUUUACAGGAGAAAAGUCCUUCUGAUGUAUCCGAUUCUCAGCACUGGAAACACUGUGAUUGAAGCUGUGAAGGUUCUCAUAGAACAUGGAGUUCAGCCCAAUGUUAUCAUCGUUCUCAGUCUGUUCUCCACGCCUCAUGGUGCCAAAUCAAUCAUUCAAGAGUUUCCAGAAAUCACAAUUUUAACUACUGAACUCCAUCCUGUUGCACCUACACAUUUUGGACAGAAAUACUUUGGAACAGACUAAGUUAUUGAAGGAAAAUUAAUUCUCUUGUGUAAUAGUACAGUUAUGUUUUGACUUUCUACCUGAAUUAGUAAUUCACUUGAGGAAUAAUAGAGAAAAUUGUGUUAAAGAAGCUGUAUAAUUUUUGGAACUGGGUGUAGUAAAAAGGAAAUACUUCGGGCUUAUUUAUUUGGUUAUUUCUUGACUGUUGGCACCAAAUUCAACAAUGAAGCACACACAACUCUUCGAAAAUAUUUUAAUAAUAUUCUUUAUAUAAAUUGUUUAUCCCUCAGUGCAUUGAAACUGUUCCCUAAUUUCCAAACCUCUCGGUUGGUAGAUUGCUUGUAGCCACAAAUAAAACUGAAAUGGGAGUCAGUUCUUUGGCCCACUAUAGUUUGCAUUUUCUUGAGUUCACUUUUAGUUUUAGGGAGUUCUCAUUUAUGUGGCUUUCAUUUCUGUUGUCGCCUUCCUCUCCUCUUUACUUCCUAGUACUGUACAUACUGGUAAGUUAGAGAGGAUGAAAAAAGAAUUCGUCCUAGAAGCGUACAUUUCCUUAAUAUCUUCACUAAUUGGCAGACCCAGGAUAUAUACUUAGCUUUUCUGUCAAGCCAUUAUGCUCUUCAUGUCUCAUUUUCUACCCUGUGUAUCGCUGGUAGGUGCCUUGCCAACUGUAAUGCAGUGAAGAAGAUGGUGGGUCAUUUCCUGCAACUGGAACCGUAACAUGAAAUGACUUAGAUUGAACUGAUGAUGUCUGGAUGCUGACAAGGGAGGCCUAAGUAUGAUCAAUGCCAUCAAUGCUCUAGAAAGGAAUUGGUGGUGGUUUUGCUGAGGUGUGGGAGGAAGGACAGCUGGGUCUUAUAGCCAAGAAGUAAAUUCAAAUGUUUGAUUUUAUUUCCAAUUUUACUUAUUUUUUAAAAUUAUGUAUUUUUCAGUUACAGCUGACACUCAAUAUUAUUUGACAUUAGUUUCAGGUGUACAGCACAGUGGUUAGAUAAUUUAUAUAAUUUCUGCAAUGAUCCCUCCAUAAGUGUAGUCCCCACCUGGCACCAUACAUAGGUCUUGCAACAUUAUUGACUAUAUUCUCUAUGCUGUACUUUUUGGCUUUUAAUUUGAACGUUUCUACUGGAGGCCUUUGAUUUGGAAAUUAGUUUUUUUUCAUGUUUGUCAACUAGAUACAUAAAAAUGGGAAAAAUACUAUAUUUUUUAAAACAUCCCUAAAAUUUAUCUCUACACCACUGCUCCAGAACAGUUGGCAUGGCAAGUGGUCCACUUCUCUCAGAGAGAAAAUAAGAAUAAAAAGGAACAUGAUGCUUAUGAUAGAAAACUCUCUUUAAAAACCCAUUUCUGACAUUUAAAAACCAAUGUCAACUUCACUAAAAAUAACAGAAGAUGACAAACAGUUGUCAUCUUAAAACUUCUUGAAUUUGGUGAGAAACAUUUGGCCCCUGUUGUCUGAAGAGAGGAUUUUACAUCGUACCUGCUGUGUAAAUAACCCAUCUCUCCGAUAUUCUUAGCAACAACCAUUCUACUGUUCAACCAACCUCUCCAAAGCCUCAGGUAAUGCGGUGGAGGAGUAUGCAAAUUCUGAAACUAUAAUAAACUCAGUAAUAGACUUUGCAUUGAUUCGUAACCUGUAGCCCAGUUUGAUAACGUAACGCAGUAGCACAUACAGGUUCACUCAUUUGAUGAUUCUGUAAAGAUGGGACCCGAUUUAAAGUAGGAAUUCUUUUUAUUAAAAUUAAAGUUUAUUGGGGUGACAAUUGUUAGUAAAAUUACAUAGAUUUCAGGUGCACAAUUCUGUAUUACAUCCUCUAUAAAUCCCAUUGUGUGUUCACCACCCAGAG